GGGGGACCCGGGGGCCCGGAGCUGUCCCGGCGCCACAAGCCGCCCCUCUGCAGGCUACGCGGCGCUUGGGGCCGGAGCCCCAAGGGGAAGGGUUUCUUGCCGAAAGCGUGGGCAGGUGCCCCUAUGGCCUCUGAAGCCAUGCCCUGUCCCUGUGAGGUCCGGUGCCAGGUCCUGAAAGGCUUCGAGAUGACAAACAAGUCACGGCGCAGUGGAUGCCGAGGCACCGUUGUAGUGAUGGAGAUACCUCUGGCCCGGAUCCGCCCACACCGAGCACGCUGCUGCCAAGAGAGAAAAGUAACAAGGCGUUUCAGACAAUUGUCGCUAAAAUAAAUGCUAAGCUUCAUGAUGGAGUGUGUCAGCAUUGCAAAGGUAUCUUGGAGUGGCGAGUAAAGUUCAGGAAGUACAAACUACUGACAAAACCUAAAAAAUGUGUGAAGUGCCUCCAGAAGACUGUCAAAGAUCCUUAUCAUAUUAUUUGUCGACCAUGUGCUGGAAAACUAGAAAUUUGUGCUAAGUGUGGGAAACAAGAAGAAAUAGUAAUUCCUAUUGAUAAAGGACAAGACAGAACUGAGAGUGAGACUUCUAAAAAUGGUCAAGACACCAGUAAAUCGAAGGAUGAGCUGGAUUUUGGUACAAAUUUUGGUAGUGCAGACAGUGAUGAAGAUUCUGAAGUGCUUGAAGAACAAUUUAAAAGUAUGAAUUUUUAAACAACAGAGAUCUAAAAGGUUGUGUUUACACAAGAGAUUAUAUGCAAUUAAAUAUGGAAAAGCAAUGCUUGCCUUAAACUGCUUCAAGCCCUGAUUUGACAUCUAAGAUCCUUGUAUGAAAAUGUUGAAUUGUGUUGACAAUGUGACAUGAUGACACAUGUGGGGAUUUGUAUUAAUACACAUUUCUGUGUAUUAGGAACAGAUUGCUUUGAAAAUAUUCAGAAAUUCUAUCUGUAAGCAUAGUUAUUUAUUUCAUACAUGUAACAACUUUCUGUUUUUGUGGAAUAAAGCCUCUUCGUGUAAUUGUUUGAAAUUCAAUAUUAUGUGGCCGUUGGAAGUAUUAUUGUCACCUGGAAAUCUACAUGGAAGACUAGAAUAAACACAGAUAGGAAGAGCUAAAGCAGCUGCAAUGGUUUUCUGAAGGAAGAACUUGCAACAUUCUGUCACUGAGUUUUCGAAUGGAGUCUUACCCUUAUGCCUGGAGAGUUUUGUUGUUUUGGGGUUUUUUUUCCACAAAAAAGAAACAAAUGUUUUAAUGCCAUCACCAAUACAGUUCAUGAACAGUUAAUGCUUAUUUACCAUGUGUAAAUAUGCAUUACAGAUUUGUGAUCUUGUUGCUACCAAACAAGAUGUUGUUUUGUAAAGAAAAAACCUGCAGACUUUAGAAUUCCUCAUAACUGGUGUCACGCUUUCUUUUCAUUCUCAGAAUUCAGAGAUUCAUCUGCAUCUGAUGUAGUUCUCUCUGAUACAAAAAGACUUGCAUAGUGGAGUGAUGCUUAUAGAGUUACUCCCUUCCCAGUUUCUACUCCACUGUUGUUUAAGCUAUACAAAGAACUUAACUGAAGUUGCAGUAACUGUCUUUACAGGAUUCAGGAUGAUUUGAUUUCUUCUAUACUGUCUUUUUGCUCUUUUCAUUUAACUGACACUGUAUAUACAUUAACCUAUGACAAUAUACUGUGCCAUAUCAGCUUUAGGGCUUUGCCUGAUUUUCAGUAGUGGGCAUGGAAAAACUUAAUUCUCAAACUAUGUUUUUCAAGUGCUCUGUGAGGAAAUUCAGCUCUGAGAUUGUUGCCCAUCCCUGCACUGGAAUGAAGGAAAUACUGAAACUUAAUCCUUUGGGUGCAGACAGGCACCCCGUGUCUCUCCUGUGAAGCUGGAAAACACCAAAGAGGUGUUCAGUGGCAGAAUAGGAGGUUGUCAGGUGUGUUCAGAAGUGCUGGAUCUGAAGGUCUUAUUUCACUGACAGAUAAGUCCUCCCAAGGAGACAGCAGUGACAUCUGACUUAGUGUCAUGUCUGUUGUCCUGCCAGAUGACAUCAACAAGGGCAGAGUAAACAAGGAGUAUCCCAUGCACAUGCUGCAGAUGACCAUGUAGGAGAGUGCGAGGAAGGAAAUUAAUGAGCAAUCUGGGUUUUACGUCAGAAGGGGUCUCUCUGAAGGGGAAACCGUGACUGUCACCAAAAGUGAAUUUGGCUUUUGAAAGUGACAUAUGAAUGGGAAAUGUUCUUCCACUUGGAAAAAUCUAUAAUGGCCUUGUACUUUGUCGAAGGGUGAGAGGAAAUUCUGGAAUGAUAGGAAAACAUGAUGGAACUGGCAGGAGCUGUAUAAUGAGAAAAUAAGGGGAAGAAUUCUCUUCUCACACUGGUGACACAACCUGUCAGUACCAGGAGUGAGCAGAGCGACAGAGAUAAAUGAUGUGUUGCAAUACAAUGCAAAAAUGUUUGUACAGAGGGAAAGUCCUCUGAAGUCUUCAUGUCACACUCCUGAUGCUCUGUUGGAAGCUGGCACUAGAGCUGAUGAAACCUUGUUGUUGGUGAGCACAGUUGCAGUGGGGACUGACUGAUGUUAGUCCAGCCUACCUGAAGACAAUUUUUGGUUCUGACAAGCCUUCUGUCUUUGGUUGUAAUUGUGGCUAAAGGAUAUACUGCUAGAAAUAAUUUCUGCAGCACUGUUUAACAUGGUGGUUGUGAGUCAGCUUACAAAAUGGAAGCUUCACAAGGGAAAAAGAGUUUGCUUUUUACUGAAGACACUUCUAACACGAGUAAAAGAACAAUUGUAAUUUUGUUUAAUUUUGACUGAAGAUUAGGAUAUAUUUGGAAGUGCAUUAAGCUAUUAUAACUCAUACUAUAAGAGUUCCAGAUAUCAGGGAUUUGGAAGUCUCUGAGGAACUUACUGAACGGAGGAUAAUGAAGGAGUAGGACCCCUUUAAAUGCUGAUCUUCAGUAAAAUCAUACAGAAUUGAGAAUAUUUUUUAAAAAGAAAGGAGAUCAAAAGUCAUCAAAGAUUUUUGAGAUCUUUAGGAUAGUCAUAUAAAUGGAAUGAUUUUUAGAGUUUUUAAUUGAGAUUUUGAAACCAUUCUACCUCUUCUUUCACUAAUAAUAAUGAGGUUUUGUCUAUAAAUGUUAAAGGAAAUAAAAAUACCACAGUGCCUGCAGGGUAAUGAGGUGCAAUUUAAACAGUAUGACUGAUCGAGGGUUUCAGAAUAUGUCUGGACCUUGCAGUGCCUCUCCAAAUCCAUUACUGAAGACGAAAAUUAUAAACGUUAGUCAUCUGAAGAAUACUUGAUGCAUCACUAGUGAUGCAGUGAUGUUGCUGACAGUUGAGUUCCUGUUAUCAGCUUGCCCUUAGGAGUAUCAUUUGGCAUGACUCAAACAGAAGUAAUUAAUUAGAUCAUGAACUGCUGUUAUGUGUGAGGCAGGCAUGCCAGAUGAUUUACUCCACUAUGGGAAAUGCUCAUCAUAGGCUGGAGCUGCCAGACUUCAGGAUGGUUGACUCGUACACUUUUCAGGAAGUCAAAUUGCUAUGUAUAUGGAUUUCUUAAGACAACCUGGAUUCAUUGCAGUAUGAGGAGAGUCUGAUAUGGACACAGUGCUACCUCUUAGCAUAGUCCCUUAACAAUCUUCUGCCAAAGUUCAAGCACAUCUCUGAGACAUCCUAUCAUCAAAUGUUCUGGAGGAUCAGGUAAUGCAAAAAACAUUGCCGCACGUUUUGCAUGGGCUGGGCUCUUCUAUUCUUGUUUUGACUACUGGUUAAUCUGUAUUCCUCUAAAAUACUGUGAGGGUUUAAAAGACUACGGGUUAAUUAAGAAAAGUACAGCUUGCUUUCUCCCUAUAAUGGGCCUGUACUUCGAUGUUGAGGCAUAAAUCAUAGCAUUAGCUAUGGAAGGAAAAUAGAAGAAAAUGUAGCAGGUCAUCAAAUGUGAGCCACCUUGUAAACCUCUAUCCCUAUAAUUAUCUAUGUUUUCUUUGUUUAGGGGUUCUCACAAGUAAAUGUAUGCUGGUAGAAAAUGCAAAACUUAUGGGAAAAUGCAAAAGUACUUAUGGGAAGCAUCCGUCUGACUUACAGAGUUAAUGAGGAAAGCUUUGUAAGUGACACAGAGAGAUGCCUUUGAUUAUCAGAUGUUUAGGGAGCUGCUCACAAAAACUGACAGCAUCUCAAUAUUCCUGCCUACCUUUCAUAUGAUAGCUAAUACAAUUCAAAACUCUUGGUGAAAAAGAAGGUAUGAACUCUGCAUACAUGCCCAUCACAUACAGUGAGUUUGUAAAGCAGAGUUCCUAAACUUUGAAAGAGUUGAAGUGAGUUCUUUCUAUGACUUGAUAACACAUUCGCAGACAAAUUACCUGUAACAGACUAGAUAUAAAAUAUUUGGCUUAUUUCAUGUUGUAAACUUUUUUGUUGGAGCCCCUAAAAUAGUUCAGAUGAAAUCACAUAAAAGUUAUCAUUUUUUUUCCUGAAGUCAGUGAGAAAACACUUAUUUGUAAUAAGGUUAAUACCCAUAAUUCAGUCAUCAACAAUAAGCUUGAAUUUGAAGACUUGAAAACGGGAGCCAAAGGCAUUGAGAUUUUACCUGAAUCUUUCCUUGCAUUUGCCUCUGAUGCAACUUCAGAAACCCAAAUUGAAGGGAUCAAAUGUAUUCUUAUAAGUGCUUCAAAAACAGCACCAAAUACUUUAAUUUGUUUUUAAAUGGCAACAGAGAAGACCAUGUUUUUAUACAAAAACAAAACAAAACAGAAAAAGAGUUUAUGCCUGUUACAGAAUGGCACCACUCACUUGAAAUCUGUCUUUUUAGGACAUCUUGCAUUUUGGAGCCUCAAGACUGUAAUACCUCUUCUUGCACUUGACUUUCAGCUUGCCUAAUCUUAUAUGAGCAAGCAUGACACCAUGUGUCAAAACUAUGAAAAGUAUUCAUUGCGUAAUUACUACUAAAUGUAUCAGUAGUGAAACUUGUAGCAUUUUUUGAGUACACAUUAGCAAAGCUACGUAUUUGAUUUUGAUUUUUUUUUUACAGUUUGAUUUUUUUGUCCUCAUCUGGUCUUGUCUCCUGACGAUUAUGUUCCUUUUAGGGUUGUUUCGUAUCCUUUCCACUACAGCCGCUACACUCUGAAAGUUUCUAGCCGGCAUGUGAGCUGAUACAGCCUCUGACUGUCAGCAACAAUGUAUCGCUCCAGAUUAUUCCCAGUAGAAGAUUGCCAGAACUGUAAAACAACUGUUCUGCUUUGUGGGUCCACCUCGGAGAUGGACUGUAUGAGUUUCAUCAGACACAGGCAAAGCUGGUAGAUCAGCUCUCCAAAAGAACAACCCCAUAACACAUAACACAUAACCCCCACUACCACAACCUUGCCAUGCAAAGGCAAUACAAAGUGGAAAUGCUUGUGAGAUGUGUGUGAAAUGAAAUAAAGCCAUGGGCCUUGAGGGAAAAAAUGAAAAGGCCCUACAAUAUGUUUUUUAGUACUGGAGAAAUAGAGAACAAUCCCAAACCUUCCAUAUCCAAGAAAAAAUAAGCCCCAUAAAACUGGACUUCUAUUCCUUUAAAGCAACAGCAGAUAUGCUAUUGCCUACAUGACAAACAUUUUUAAAGUCUCUAUGGAAAUGGCUCAUAUCUCAUUCUCCAAAGAAAAUAAUUCUUCAGUAGCAGCUUAGUUGUUAUAAACGUGAAAUGAUUAAUUCAUGUUCUUAUGGUAAAUUGGAAAUUUAUAAAACUGUAUAAAGUUGUAUCAGGUAAAAGUUUAUGUUUUCAGAGAUUUUUGCAGCAGAUGGUGAAAACAAUCAGCCCUGAAAAAGCAGGCGCCUCCAUUCAGAGAGGAGCAAAGGACUUUUCCGGGAAAGCUUGCAGCCGUCUCUAGCACCGGGAGGGGACCUCCGGAGAUAAGCUGGCACCAGCAACUCACACCUUGGCUGUUGCCUUCACAGACCAUCAAGUGACAUCAUCCAUAUCUCGAUCCUUUAUUGACCAUAAGGAUCCAUAGAAACUGGACAUUAACAUUUGAACGGAGAGAGAAACUCUUUUCUGCUUGGUCGGGGAAACUCCUGAAUUUGUAUAGUUAGUCGGGAAACAAUGGGAAAUAUGGGGAAAUAUUGCCGAGGGCAGAAUAAAGUGUAUAAAAACCAAGCCCCAAACCGGGCAAAUUUGUGAACCAUUGGGGGAGAUAGCAGGCUGCCAGACCCUGUAUCUCAUGGUUCACCCUUGGCAUUUCCUGGGAAAACUCUGUCAAGUUUCUCUGCUGUUGGUGGGUUAUUGAAAUUCCAUGAUUUGAUCUGUUAUUAAUAAACCAAAUUAUUAUUUUAAUUGGAA